AUGUCUUUACUUGAAGGCGGUGAUAGACGUCGUUAUAAUCUACCUUCACAUGAUGAAGUUGCAGUUACAUGUGUUGGCGAAGAUGGUGCUCCCCCAACUUCCAGGGAAGUUGUUAUUUACCCAAGAGGUCAUCCUUUAAAAAUUGUAUCAAGCAACAAUGUAGAUAACCGUUGGGUGGUACCUUAUAAUCCUUGGUUAUCAAAGAAAUAUCAAGCCCACAUUAAUGUUGAAGCUUGCAUGUCUGUAAAGGCUGUUAAAUAUUUGUAUAAAUACAUAUACAAAGGGCAUGAUUGUGCGAAUGUUUUGAUAAAUGAACAGGUUAAUCACGAUGAAAUAAACACUUUCUUAGAUUGUCGUUAUGUUAGUGCACCUGAGGCAUUGUGGCGAAUAUUUGAGUAUCCCAUAAGUCAUAUGUCACACUCUAUUAUACGUCUUAAGGUUCAUCUUCCUGAGAAUCAGAUUGUGUAUUUUAGAGAAGGAGAAGAACAAGUGGCGUUAGAUCGUGCUGCUCAACGUGAUACACACCUUGCGGCCUGGUUUAAAUUGAAUUCUGAAAAUGAAGGAGCCAAUCGCUACUCAUAUGUUGACAUUCCAUAUCACUUUGUAUUUGAUGAUAAACAUUGUAAAUGGAAGGUUAGACAAAGAGGUGGAAAUAAGGUGAUAGUAAGAAUGUAUAAAGUUAGUCCAACAGGAGAAUUAUUUUUUCUUAGAUUGUUACUUUUACAAGCAAAAGGAGCAAAAUCUUGGGAGGAUUUGCGUACUGUUAAUGGAAUAGUUCUUAAAACCUUUCGUGAAGCAUGUGUUUUUAAUGGUUUGUUGCAAGAUGACACUGAAUGGCAGAAUACUCUUUCUGAGGCAGUUUUAACGCGAAUGCCUAAGCAAAUCAGGCAGCUGUUUUCAAUUAUUUUAACCUUUUGUGAACCUGAUGACCCAUUGCAUCUUUGGAAUUAA